GAUAAAACUGUGACAAAGGCUAGAUAGGCAGCGUGAGUGGAGAUAGUGAGGGAGUGUAGACGCCAGCAGAGAGGAGAAGACAGAAGAGGAGCGAGGAGGAGGAGGAGGAGGAGGGACUGUGCAUGCACUGUGCCUUUAAAGCAGCAGGCCCCUCCUCCACAGAGCUGAGCAGAGCAGCCGAGUGGCGCUGGCAGGAGCCCGAGCCCCACGAUAAACUCUGGCAUCAGCUCCUCUUCAUCCGGCAGUCAGCGAGGACACAGCGAGGGCGCCGGGGCAGCGAGACGGGGACGGAGAGAGAGAGAGACAGAGCGCGGGCGCAGAGACACUGUCACGGCGUCGCACAGCAGCCGCUCAGCGCCGCGGUCGCCGUCCUCCUGAUGCAGCUUCGUCCGGCACUUCUACUCCUCCUCUGAUGAGCCACAGCCUCAGAGUGAAACAGCCCCGCUGAUAAAAGCUUCUCUCUCCAUCAUGACAGUGCCAUGUGCGACUGGCCAGCGCGCUCCACGGCAGUGGCGUCGCCCCGGAUUCGGCGAGAAGCCGCUCGUUCUCGCGGGCUCCUCUGGGACGCUUUGAUAGGAUUUAUCUCGUCUCGCUGGAUGCUACGACGCUCUCUGCCUCUUUGAAAAGAGUGCACGGUGAAAACGCACACGGCAAGGAUAAGAAGUGAAAUAAUUAUCCAAUCACAGCACAAGGAGGCAGAGCGCGUUCCCUUAGCAACAACUGAAGGAGAGGAGAGAAUCCGCUUUCCCUUCUGCUCCCGCUUUUCGGGCACACCCCUGUGGACAGCUGUGGGUCAGUGCUUCAUGAAGCCACUUGAAGAGCACAGUUGCGUAAGACAAGCUGCCACCCAGAUUCCGAGGGUAGGUGCUCGUUCGUCAUACGGCCCCCGUCGUAACUGUGUCUCAUCAACACCAUGAUUUUUGGUUUUUUUCCCCGCGAUCCCUCUGCAAAUUCUCGUCACACGUCACGUUCCGCCGGCUUAGGAAUCCGUUCAUUGUGAUCCCACGCCACCUGGAAUAAACCCUGCUUCGGCGGAGGGGAAGGCGGAGGAGGGGGAGGAAGGGUGGGGGGGGGGUUGGAAGACCUACAUCUACCUUUCACAGAAGACAGAACAUGAUUGAGGAAAUGGGUGCAAAAGAAAGUUUAUUUUGAUGCGAGUUUCUACCGAGUCUUUUCUUAUUUUUCCUGGGAAGGAAAUGGCACAGCGCACAGAGGAAUACCCCCGUUCUUAAACAGGAUCUGUGCAUUCUCUCUUCAGUGACAAUAGCCCUCACACAGGGACUGCGUUCAGAAGCCCCUGCCGCUCGCCAUUAAUGCAGAGAGAAUCAUUUUGAAAAUCGGGCAACUGCUGGGAGUUCUAUUUUUCUACCCAUUCUACUCCGCACUCCGCCGGCGAGCUCGGCUCGGGCCUCACUUUCCUACGGCAGCCUGUUAGUAUGUGGCCGCCUUUCGCCAGCGAAGCCGACAGCACGGACGCGUGGAGACGGGGGAAGAGACGUGUGCUUUGAACGGAAGCUCCUCGGGAACACUUUUCAAACGUACGCGCGAGAUGAGUCGGCUCAGCGUGGUUACGUAAGCGCUUCAUACCCGCUUCGUCCCCAGUAUUUUGCUUCGUCCUCGCCCAUGGAUUUAUUGCACUGGGCUUCCGGCGCGCCGGGCUCCUCGCGGUUUUUGGAAGCGUCCCUGGGAAGUCAUGGACGUCCGGGUGUGACCCUGUGCCGAGCGCGCGGGCGAGGCGAGGCGCUCCUGCCGCCCACGUGCUUUUAAGAUGCUGAGGUCUCCCUGCGUGGCUGGGGCCCCUGUUCGGAUCAGUAGCACUGAGGCUCCUCGCGGCCAACGACAUGGACCCCGCCUCGGCUCCCCCACGCCCUCAGCCUGUCGGCAGCUGGCCCCACGUUGCCCUGUAAAGGAUGUCCCUCAGCAGAGCUCCGGCCCGGGACACCUCUGAGACCCCCAGCCCGAGAGAACGCAUCCGCAGCCACAUGAAGAUGGUGAUCGACCAGCUGGAAGGCAUCCUCAAAGAGCUCAAGGAUGUGGCCAAGGAACUCCGGGAGGUGGUGGGUCAGAUUGAUAAACUAACGUCGGACUUUGACUUUGACCUGGAGCCUGAUGACUGGACAGUGGCCACAGCCAGCAGCACGUCCAGCAGCGAGCGGGGUUUGGGAGAAGCCUUUAGGCUGGACUUCCUCAACGCAGACGUGCUCUCUGAUAGCUGGGAGUUCUGCAGCUAUCUGGAGGCCGCCGGUGCCGCCGCUGGCAGGCCUGGCGACCAUCCAGGAGACCUCCAGCCAGAGCUGGGCCGUGGGACCAUACCGACCCAGACCCCCACCACUGCCUCCGCCUACUCUCAGAUGAACGGCGGGCUGCCCAUCCCCAACGGGCCCCGCAUUAUUACUCCAGAUUCGUCCAGCGAGGAGGCCAGCAGCUCCACGCACAGCCACAAGAUUUCCCGCACGUCGGGCACAAGGGAAAGAGUCCGUUUCAGUGACAAAAUUCUGUACCACGCAUUGUGCUGUGACGAUGACGAGGAGGAGGAGCAGGAGGAGUUGUGCGAGGACAAAAGUGGCUACGCUACACCAGAUAGCGAUACCGAGCCCAGUCUCCUGGCCAGUUCAGUCGCACCCAAACGUUCUUCCUCUGAGCAUUCACUUCUCCAUAACUGUCUGGACCCUUCCUACAUCUCCUUGCCAGUAAGGGGGACGACAGGAGCCCAUACACUACCCAGGAAGGGCCUCUUGAACCCCAGCUGCCGCAAAAAACUGUUACGAAACAGCAGCACACAAACGGUCUGUGACAAAAGCACCCAAACUGUACUGCCCUAUGUUCCAGCCAAACAGAAAACAAAGGACCACUGAGAAAGCUCUACGUUUAUCAUAAAUCUCAUGAAGAAGACUGUGCAUUAUUUAAUAUUAAAUACAUAGCUCAUAGAUUAAUACACAAGUAAAUUAAUUACUAAAUAAAUAAAUGAUAUAUGGGAAAUCACUCGACUACCUAAAGUCAUUUAGGGGUGCCAGGCUCAGGGAAACAAAGCAGAUCAUUCAGAUCAUAGUUACUGGUGGACCAAAAGGAUAGGGCCUGUUCCAGUUUGUAAAGGUCCAGUCUGUGCGAAUUCACAUGCAGAAAGAUAGCAAAAGCAAUCAUUUGUACUGCUGAUGUGAAGUAUGGAGAAUAUGACAGGGUGAUCUCUCCUUAUAAUAGUAUAAGUCACCAAACAAGGAAAAAGGCUUCUUCCCAUAGCGUGGAGCUGCACAUUCUGUAUCCUGAAUCUGUAUAAACAUUGUCUUUUUCAUGUUACCGUUAUUCCAAAUGUCAAAGGGAUUAUUGCUUUCAGCAGAGAAAUGUAUAUCUACAUGUCAA